UCUACUAGAGCUGUGGUAAAACAUUACGGUACAAUGGAAACGAACCAACAAGUUAAAAGCUUCACACCGGAAGACGAAGACGGUGACAGUUGGCGACGGAUGGGAUUCGGUUCCAGAGUGAAAUAUGUGUUCCAAAACAUCACAGUGGAACCGCUAUUGGCGUUCUAUCAGGUGUCGUCUGUGUUGUCAAGUUUAACCACACAGAACCUCAACYUGCAAAAGGCAUGCAGGGUAAACCUGAAGAUGGACGACGACGUCUGUUACGGACUGGAAAACAAGAACUUGUCGUUCUACGCUGACCAAGAAGUUCAAGUGCAGCAGCUGGUAGCCGACAUGCUCAUAUGGCAAAUGAUGAUCCAAAGCAGCAUACCGUGUAUAUUGGUCAUAUUUAUCGGGUCGUGGAGCGAUCGAAACAGGAAACGCAAACCGUGUAUGCUCGUCCCGGUCAUCGGUGAAAUUGUCAGGAACAUUGGCUUGUUACUUUGCGUGCACUACUUUAACGAGCUGAGGAUGGAGGUGGCCGGUCUAGUGGAAUCCAUACCCACGUCCAUGGCCGGUGGACUUACCGUUCUCUAUCUGGCCGCAUUUUCUUACAUGGGGGACAUAAGCUCCGUGAGUAAAGCCUUUUUGUUUUCCCUAAAAUUAAUAAUUGAACCUUUCAUCAGCACAAAAUAUCAUUAUCCUUCACAAGGAACCUAUUCCUUGGUAUCUAUACGAUUCAAUCCAUCGAAAAUCAUUUCAUUUUUCCAAAAUGGUGCCGUGGUUGACGUAAUGAGUGGUACUACAUAUAUCGUAAUGAGAUCGAUUCUCUCAAAGAUUGUACCUCAUGCUGAACUUGGUCAAGUGUCAGCGAUAAUGGCAGUUAUUGAAACAAUAGUGCCUGUUGUAUACAAACCUUUGUACUCUGCAAUAUACAGAGCGACUCUGGCCACGUUUCCAGGAACAAUUUACGUGAUUAGUUCCAUAAUGCUCACACCAGCUAUAUUUGUAUAUUGGUAA